AGAGCACAAGAUUCCAGUUAUAAGCUGUCAUCAGAAUUAUUAAGCACAGCAGCACAGCCGCGUAAUAGUUCCAUCCCCUUAGCAUUGAAUUGGAUUUAUGAUGCAUCUUUCCAAUAUUACGUGCUCCUCCACUUCGCCGAAAUUCAAAAGCUUCCCCCUCAUCACAGAAGAAUUAUCAAUGUCACUUUUGAUGAUAUAAACUUCAUCUCUCAGCCUCUUGAAUACUUGAAGCCUGUCACUCUAAGUUCCAAGAUGGCAAGUAAUAACGGUAAUGUCCGUUUCACAAUCAGGGCAGCUUCUGAAUCUGACGCUCCUCCCAUCCUCAAUGCCUUUGAAAUAUACAGAUACACCCCACUGCCAAAUUCACCAACAAAUGCAGAAGAUGUUAAUGCUAUCAUGGAAAUCAAACGUACAUAUGGAAUUUCUAGAAUCACUUGGCAAGGUGACCCAUGUAUUCCAUCUAACUUACGAUGGGAAGGUUUGGGUUGCAGUGCUGACAACAAUUCAAGGAUCAUUUCAUUGAACCUAAGCUUAAGCAAAUUGACAGGACAGAUAGCUCCUUCAUUUGCCAAUCUGCAGAACUUGGAGUCCUUAGAUUUGUCAAAUAAUGAAUUGAUCGGACAACUGCCAGAAUUUCUUGCUGAUCUUCCUAAUUUGAAAGUCCUUAAUUUGACUGGAAACAAGCUCACAGGUUCAAUUCCAAAGGCUUUGAGGGAAAAGGCUGAUCUGCAGCUAAGUGUAUCCAGCAAUCCAGGCCUCUGUCAGAAAAAUUCAUGCAAAGAACACAAGUUUGUAAUUCCUCUUAUUGCAUCAAUUGCAGUUUUGGUCCUAAUUAUCAUUCUUUCUUUGAUAAUUUGGAGACUCAGAAAGAAAAGACAAGUUUUGUCAAUCAAAUCCCAAAAGAUGGGAAUUCUAAAACAAAGUAGUCGAGAAUUUUCUUACUUACAAGUUCUCCGCAUCACCAACAAUUUCAAAACUAUCAUCGGAGAAGGAGGAUUUGGGAAAGUUUAUCUUGGCACUUUAGAAGAUGAUACUCAAGUUGCAGUAAAAUUACUUUCUCCAUCAUCAAAGCAAGGGUACAAGGAAUUUGAAUCAGAGGUUCAACUCUUAGCGGUUAUUCAUCACAGAAAUUUGGUUUCGCUCGUUGGAUAUUGUCAUGAAAAUGACAUAAAAGCAUUGAUUUAUGAAUACAUGGAUAAUGGGGACCUCGGCCAACUAUUAUCGGAGAAAAACUCAAAUGUUUUGAAGUGGAAUGAGAGACUUCAAGUCGCAAAUGAUGCAGCAAAAGGAUUGGAAUAUCUUCAUAAUGGUUGUAAGAAUCCUAUAAUUCAUAGAGACUUGAAGCCAUCCAACAUUUUAUUGAACAAAUAUAAGCUAGCCAAGAUUGCUGAUUUUGGACUGUCUAGAGCAUUCACAAAUGAAAGAGACUCACAUCUAUCAACUCAACCUGCUGGUACACCUGGUUACAUUGAUCCAGAAUUUCAGAGAUCUGGAAACCUAAAUAAGAAAAGUGAUAUUUAUAGUUUUGGGAUGAUUCUCCUUCAACUGAUAACUGGUCAUCCUCCAAUAAAGAAAGGACCUGAGAAUGUUAGUUUCAUUCUUGAUUGGGUUCAUCCGAAAAUUGAAUGUGGGGAUAUUGAGGGCAUUGUUGAUCCAACAUUAGCUGGAGAAUUUGGUGUUACAUCAGCAUGGAAAGCUGUUGAAGUAGCCAUGGCAUGUAUCUUACCAACUCCAACCCUAAGGCCAGAAAUAAGUUACGUAUUGCAAGAACUACAAGAAUGUUUAGCUAUGGAGAUGGACCAUCCAAGGACGAAUAGCACCACAAGUGAUUCCCUCCAUUAUACUGUGAACUGUGAAUCAGUGACUACUCUCUCUGCUAGGUAG